GCCCUCCUUCAAAUUGGAUGCUGAAAAAGAACGUCACUGCCUUUUACGUUUAGCUUUAGCCAUAAUUAGCUAGGUGUUGAAUCAUAGAUAAGUCCUGCUGAAUCGAGCGCUUUUUCUUUUGAACCGACAGCCUAAGUAAGAGCGAUUUAUUUGGCGCUCCUUGGUUUUACAGUGCCAAACAUGUACAUAAAAGCCUUGCCUCGAUGCAGAGACAUGUUGAAAGGAGAACUGAUCGCGUGAAACGCUGGCUAGCUUACUCAAAGCUAACUGACGAGCAGGGGCCGAAAAGGGAGAGUGGGUAACAUUAAGAACUGCUAAGCCUACCACAACAAGGCUGGGAGCUUUAGCACAUCUACCGUAAGCACGAGAAGAGGGGCUGAUAGACAGAGCGAUUCCUUUCAUACGCAGUAGCAUUGGGUCUCCCAGUGAAGAGCCAUGGGUGCGUUCCUGGACAAGCCCAAAACAGAGAAGUAUAAUUCACAUGGCGCGGGCAAUGGCCUGCGCUAUGGGCUAAGCUCCAUGCAGGGCUGGCGGGUGGAGAUGGAGGAUGCUCAUACAGCUGUUUUGGGGCUUCCAGCUCCUGGUAUGACUGACUGGUCCUUUUUUGCUGUGUACGAUGGCCAUGCAGGCUCAAAAGUUGCCAAUUACUGCUCCAAGCAUCUUCUGGAACACAUAAUCACUGCUAGCUUAGGGGCUGGAAACACACAAAGCUCUCAGUCUGGAUCAGAUGUGUCCAACCCUCCAGCACCAGUUCCUCCUGCAGUGGAGGCUGUGAAGGCUGGCAUCCGGACAGGCUUCCUGAAAAUAGAUGAGCACAUGCGCAGCUUCUCCGACCUUCGAAAUGGCAUGGACCGCAGUGGCUCCACAGCAGUGGGAAUUCUUCUGUCACCUGAUCAUUUCUUUUUCAUUAACUGUGGGGAUUCUCGAGCUGUUCUGUACCGCAAUUCACAGGUGUGCUUCUCCACACUUGACCACAAGCCUUGCAACCCACGUGAGAGAGAGCGCAUCCAGAAUGCUGGUGGUUCAGUGAUGAUUCAAAGGGUUAAUGGGUCACUGGCUGUAUCGAGGGCCUUGGGGGACUAUGAUUACAAGUGUGUGGAUGGCAAAGGUCCCACAGAGCAGCUGGUUAGCCCUGAACCAGAGGUGUUUGUGAUGGUUCGGGCACCGGAACAGGAUCAGUUUGUGAUUCUGGCAUGUGAUGGCAUCUGGGAUGUCAUGUCCAAUGAGGAGCUGUGCGAGUUUGUGAAAUCGAGGCUUGAGGUGUGUGACGACCUGGAGAAAGUCUGCAAUGAAGUGGUGGACACUUGUCUGCACAAGGGGAGUCGGGAUAACAUGAGUGUUGUGUUAGUGUGUUUGCCCAAUGCUCCCAAAGUGUCGGAGGAAGCUGUGAGGAAAGACACUGAGCUCAAUAAUUAUCUGGAGUCUCAAGUUGAAGAGAUGCUGUCUCGACCAGGGGAGGAGGGGUUUCCAGAUCUGGUAACGGUGAUGAGGAACUUGUCCACUGACAGCGGCAUGCCCCCUUUGCCACCAGGGGGUGGUCUUGCCAGCAAACGCAGUGUUAUUGAAGCAGUAUACAACCGUCUGAACCCAUACAGAGAGGAAGAUGGAAGUGGAGCGGAUUUGGAAUACCACUGGUAGCUGUCCAGCGCAACUGCCUGAUUGAAAAUACAGGACCACUAUUCCACAUGAGAGUUCAUUCAUUGUCACCUUUUAAUUUCUUCUGUGAUUAUUAUUUUUUUGUUUGUUUUAUUUUCAGUUUUUUCCCCACAUUGAGAGAAUAACUGAAGCUGAAAUCCUGAUUUUAAAAACACACCUAAUGUGGAGGACUGCAAAACUUUUGUUGGUUCUUUUUAUAGAAAAAAAAAAUGGGGAGGCAAACACUGCGUUCAUGUUCUGAAUACAGAACUACAUCUACAGUAUAAACACCAGAGUGGAGGAGGAGAGGCCAAUAAGUACAGUUUCUCUUGCCCCUUGUGUUCAUACUUUUUUGUGGUGGCUGUUUUAGUUGUGGAUUUAUGGAGACACGGGAGCAGCUCUGAAUCCUUUAGGGUUCUGUGGUGCCUUGCUCAGACCUGAGAGGAGGACCUCACAACUCGCCAGCCAUGACCAAAACCAACCACUUGUGGAUUCAUUGAAAACACUGAGAAGGCUUAAAGUGGUUUGUGGCAUUAUUUGUUUGGAAGUGUGAACUUUUUCUUGCAUCUGACGGGGAGCUAAUCGACCACACAAGCCUGCAACUCCUGCACACCUUAAGCUACACUGUCCAGUUCAGGAUCUGGGCAUUACUGGUACAAAAACAGGGGCCAACAUUUCACUUACAGACGGACCUGGCUCACUGGAAAUCACCUUACAGAACUCACAGAAGUUUAAUCUCUUAAACAAAAAUCACUAUCCAAAGACCUUGGGGUUAACACCUCACAUUCAGGGUCUAAAAGCCUGAGAAUCCACACCUGAACAUAAGGGGAGCACUCAUAUGAGAGACUGCUUUGGCAUCAAAUCCCAGUUUGACUCCUGGAUAUUAUGCCCAAAUUAAAACAGGAUGUGGACUGGUAUGCCCGGCUGCAGAUACAUUAAAUUCAAGCGCAAUGAUGA